AGUACACUGCACGAAAAAUCACCAGCCGCGAAAUGGAAAUAUUUUCCAGAAGAGUUUUUGCUGAUUUUUCCAUACUUUUCAGAAUUUUCCAGGGCAAUUGACUUUCAAAAUUGAAUUUUGAGCCCCAAAUUGAGGUAUUCAAGCUGAUUUUCCAGACUGACAGUCUCUGAAGCCGCCGAAAACCCCAAUUUUCCAUGAAAGUCGCACAAUCCCCUGAAAAACUCUGAUUUUUCUAUAUUUCCACUAUCAGCCGACCUCUUAUCAAUUAUUUGUUCUCAUCGUUGGUGUCUAAUAAAUCCCCAAUUGCGGAAAUAUUGUGAUUAAUUGCGAUAAAGAGCUGGGAAAAUGGUGUUUUUCUCAUCUAGAAGGGAGCUUUUCUAAUUGGAGUAUGCGCAUUAGAUGAUGGCUAUGUGUGAGUGAAAUUGGGAUUAUAGAAUUUUGACGGACGCCAUACAUUUUCAGCGCGGUCUUCAUGGAGAGUUUUGUGGAAAAGUGCCGACUGUUUUGCUAAUUUUACCAUCAAAAAAAUCCCUCUGAGGUGCAGAAAAAGGCAGAAAGAUUGCAAGGAAGGACUUAGUGUGCCGGAAAGUGUAGUGUACCUUGGUUUUGAGCAUUUGUUCAGUUGAUUUUCAGGGUGUUUUUCUCACGCGACCCUCAUUUGUGGUUUUUGUGGUAUUUUCCCCGAGAAAAAAGGUGCAGUAGGUGAAAUAUCCAGUAGUAGUUCAUUGUGCUAAGUGCAGAGUAAAUAUUUACGAUUGUUGGAAUUAGAGGAAAUACCCGUGAGUGUCACUGCAAAGGAGAGAAAUUGAUAAGGCCAGUGAUUUUCGUCGUGCAUCAGCGAGCGCUUGGAUAAAAGAAAAACAACAGUGAGGAGGGAAGUCGAGAGAGACGCAGGAAAAACAUGGGGAAUAUUCACACAGUCGGACCAAAUGAGGCUCUCAUCGUCUCAGGUGGAUGCUGUGGAUCGACGCGAAAAAGAACGAUUGUGGGAGGAUGGGCAUGGGCCUGGUGGCUUGUGACUGAUGUCCAACGUCUGUCACUUGAGGUUAUGACACUCAAUCCAAUGUGCGAAGGCGUCGAGACGGCACAGGGUGUUCCUCUUACAGUAACAGGUGUUGCUCAGUGCAAGAUCAUGAAGAUGAUGAACGUGUAUUAUUUUCACCAUCAGGCCGACGAAUUGCUCGGGACUGCCAGUGAGCAGUUUCUGGGGAAAUCUGUCAAGGAGAUCAAGCAGACCAUCCUGCAGACCCUGGAGGGACACUUGAGAGCCAUUCUAGGAACUCUUACAGUAGAAGAAGUUUACAAAGAUCGCGACCAAUUUGCAGCAUUGGUCCGCGAAGUGGCGGCACCUGACGUUGGCCGUAUGGGCAUCGAAAUCCUUUCGUUCACCAUCAAAGAUGUUUACGACGAUGUGCAGUAUUUGCAGUCGCUGGGCAAGGCACAAACGGCCAGUGUCAAGCGUGACGCCGAUGCAGGAGUGGCUGAAGCAAACAGGGAUGCAGGAAUCCGAGAAGCAGAGUGCGAGAAGAGCGCCAUGGACGUGAAGUAUGCAACCGAUACGAAGAUUGAAGACAAUUCGAGGAUGUACAAAUUGCAGAAGGCGAAUUUUGAUCAAGAAAUCAACACUGCGAAAGCCGAAUCCCAAUUAGCCUACGAAUUGCAAGCAGCUAAAAUUAGACAGAGGAUCCGCAAUGAAGAGAUUCAAAUUGACGUGGUGGAACGACGUAAGCAGAUUGAAAUUGAAGCACAGGAAAUUCAAAGGAAGGAGAGGGAGUUGAAUGCCACUGUGAGACUUCCAGCUGAAGCUGAAAGCUACAAAGUGCAAAUGAUUGCUGAGGGUAAAAGAACUCAGACUGUUGAAGUGGCACGAGCUGAAGCGGAACGCAUUAAGAAGAUUGGUUUGGCAGAAGCGACAGCCAUUGAAUUGGUGGGAAAAGCAGAAGCUGAGAGGAUGAGAAUGAAAGCUGCUGUGUACAAACAAUAUGGAGAUGCUGCUAUCAUGAAUAUUGUCCUAGAAGCCUUGCCCAAGAUUGCUGCUGAAGUGGCCGCUCCGCUGGCCAAAACGGACGAAAUCGUGCUGAUCGGUGGAAAUGACAGUACAACGGGAGAUGUGACUCGCCUCGUGGGACAACUACCGCCGGCCAUUAAUGCUCUAACUGGUGUGGAUGUGUCCAAAGUGCUCUCGAAAAUUCCUGGAGCUAAGGCGUGAAUCUAAUUCACAAGUGUUCAUUUUUCUCCCCAAAAUCAUUUUUUGCGUUACCCAUUUAUUUUUGACCCAUAAAAUAUUUGUUGAAUUUAUUCUUUAUUUCUUUAAGUACAAAGGAAAAAAAAGAGAUAUUUCUUUUGCCAUAACGAUGCAUAUUUACUUGAUUUGUUUGAGAAUUUUUGCCUCUAUCAAAUUAAUAUGGAGGAUUUUUUUACGUUAUUCCUUUCCUUUGUUGAUUAAAUAAAUAUUUCAAUCAAUUGAUCAAUGUAGAAAUAAAUUUAAAAAAAGAAAAAACUUUAAGAAAUCCUUUCUCAGUCAAGUCAGUGUGAUUGUUACCAGAGCUUUUCAGUAGAGAAAGUAAAAAAAAACACACCAGAAGAAUAGAAGAGAAACCUAAACAAAUCAUUUCAAUUUAAACUGCCAUUUAAUUUCUAUUUUGUCAUGUAGAAAUAUUAAAAUUCUCUAAAGAAUUUACAGCAGAGGUAAGUGUAUGUGUUACAAAAGAAAUGAACAGAAAAGAACACUAACUAAUAGAUAUUAAAAAAAAAACAUUAUUGCUAAUAUUGAGGAGUAAAGAAAACAAGUUUAGCUAAGAUAGUAAAUGUAUGGACAUAAAUUGGCAAGAAUUAUUCUCUAAAUGUUUAAUGCCUUAACAAAAUGGGGGAAAAAAUAAAUAUAUAGAAAAAAGGGGAUUUAAAAAAAAAGAAA